CGUCUGUCUCCUGACGAGUCCUGGUGGCUUUUAUCUCAAUCGUGCACAAUGUCUUCAGGAAAUGCCAAAAUUGGGCACCCUGCCCCUAACUUCAAAGCCACAGCUGUUAUGCCAGAUGGUCAGUUCAAAGACAUCAGCCUAUCUGAUUACAAAGGGAAAUACGUUGUUUUCUUCUUUUACCCCCUUGACUUCACCUUUGUGUGCCCCACGGAGAUCAUUGCAUUCAGUGAUCGGGCAGAAGAAUUUAAGAAACUCAACUGCCAAGUGAUUGGUGCUUCUGUGGAUUCUCACUUCUGUCACCUGGCAUGGAUCAACACACCUAAGAAACAAGGAGGACUGGGAUCCAUGAACAUUCCCUUGGUGUCAGACCCCAAGCACACCAUUGCUCAGGACUAUGGGGUCUUAAAGGUUGACGAAGGCAUCUCAUUCAGAGGCCUCUUUAUCAUUGAUGAUAAAGGUAUCCUUCGUCAGAUCACUGUGAAUGACCUCCCUGUUGGCCGCUCUGUAGAUGAGACUCUGAGACUGGUUCAGGCCUUCCAGUUCACUGACAAACAUGGGGAAGUGUGCCCAGCUGGCUGGAAGCCUGGCAGUGAUACCAUCAAGCCUGAUGUCCAGAAGAGCAAAGAAUAUUUCUCUAAGCAGAAGUGAGCGCUGGGUUGUUUUAAGACCAGGCUGCCAUGGGCAGCAGUGAGAACAAAACCUCUUUUGUGCUAUUGUCAUGCUUAAAACAAGAUUUUAGACUUAGUCCAGUUGUGGUAUGGAACAAGACAGGCCUUUUCUUGCAUGGGUGGGUGAGGCCAGCCUUUCUUCCUCUGUUGGGAAUGGCCUGAGCUGUGUAUGGGGCAGGCCGACUGAUGUGUAUAAUAGUGGGACAGCAUCACUUUUGAUCUUUUGUAGUUUCUAUUAAACUUGAACUGAAA